AUGACGAAGAGAUCGCUCAGCUGGCAGAUGCGCCAGGGGCUUCAGAUCCAGGGCAAGCAAAGCAAGUUGGAAAAGAAGUGCUUCGAAGAGGGUGAGGUCAUCGUCCGCCAGGGUGAGUCCGGCUCGGAGUUGUACGUGGUCCUGAAGGGCACCUGCGUGGUGACGGUGGAGACCGGGUCGAACGACGACCAGGGAAAUCCAGGAGUGCAAGCGCUGCUACACAAGAGACAUGUUCGGAGAGAAGGCGCUUCUAGAAAGGACCGUGCGUUCUGCCACGGUCUCCGCGGCCUCGAAGGUGGAGGUGUUGGCCCUUCGGCGGACCGCCUUUGA